UUCGUUUUCCUCAUACCAUCAUGUCUUCAUCAUUAAUUUCAAUUGUAGCAGCAAUUAUUCUUGUUACUAUUUGUGUGUUGGAAAAUUCCAACGCUCAACUAAGCUCAACUUUCUAUACUACCACAUGCCCAAAUGUAACCAGCGUUGUUCGUGGUGUGGUGGAGCAAGCUCAACAAAAUGAUAUUCGUAUUGGUGCUAAACUCAUCCGGGUUCAUUUCCAUGACUGCUUUGUCAACGGGUGUGAUGGUUCGAUUAUGCUGGACAACGCAGAUGGCAUAGACAGUGAGAAAGAUGCAGUUCCCAAUCAAUCCACAGAUGGAUAUGAUGUGGUUGAUGACAUCAAAACUGCACUCGAGAAUGUUUGCCCUGGUGUUGUCUCCUGUGCCGACAUUUUAGCAAUUGCUUCUCAAAUAUUGGUUUCUGCGAAUGGAGGCCCAACGUGGGAAGUUCAACUGGGAAGAAGAGACAGUAGGACAGCCAACCGAGCUGGUACCACUGCCAUUCCAAGCCCUUUUGAAAACCUUGAGCAAAUUACAAAAAAAUUCAGCGACGUAGGAUUAGAUUCCACUGAUCUGGUUGCUUUAUCAGGUGCUCAUACAUUUGGGCGGGCAAGAUGUGUUACUUUCGUCCACCGUCUGUACAAUUUCAGUGGCUCGGGGAACCCCGACCCGACCAUAGACACAGCAUACUUAGAAACGCUACGGCAAAUAUGUCCUAACGGCGGCAAUGGAGGUACAUUGGCGGAUCUUGACCUUCUUAUUUCCAUGAUCAAUAUGGGAAACAUUCGACCUUUGACGGGCAGUGAUGGAGAGAUUAGGUCUGAUUGCAAAAGAGUCAAUUGAAAUCAUCAUAUUGUAAUUGUUAGGCAGUGAGAGACAUGCUGAUGAUCAUAUAAUAAAGAAA